AUGACAUUUCUUAACUAUGAAAUUCAAAUUCAAUUUCUAAAUUUAAUUAUAUAAAUGCCUCCAAAUAUUUAAUAAUCUAAUUACUUUAUAUUAACAGCUACUUUACUAUUGAUGUAUUAUUACUUAAAUUAACCAUUAACUCUUUAUACUUAUCAAAAUAUAUCACUCAAUCAUCAUCUUAAUUUAUAAAUAUUAAAUUUCAUUAUCAAUACUAUGAAUUCAAGUACUCUUAGACUCAUUUAUUUUAACUAAUAUUUUAUUAACUUUUAUAUACUUACAUAUCUUUAUACUCAAUAUGUUUUACAUUUAUAUUUUUACUAUCUUAUUUUUAACAAUUACUAAAAUAUUUUUAAUAUAUCUUUAAAUUCAUCUAUUUUCUAUAAUUAAAUAAGAAAACAUUAUCUUAUUAUAUUCUCUAUCAACAUCACAUCCUCAUUAUUCUUAACAUUAUUCAGAAUUACUUUUUCAUUAACUUAAUUCUAAUACAACUUAAUUAACAUCAAAAUCAUGGAAAAUAUGCUCUCUUUUUGA